CGACUGUGCUGCACACUCCUGCAGGGCAUCCUCCUCUUUUUUGGAGCGCGCGCACUGGAUUAUCUCCCGGUGGUUUCACACAGCUGCUGCUGGCUCUGAUCGGCACUUUUAUCAUGCGAGUUUUCACUUGAGAAAAUACUUUGUUGAGUGUUAUUUCGUCGGCAGAAGAUUGUUUCAGUUCACGCGCGACGUCAAUGCUAGAAUCAGCGAAGAUGAGCAAAAACGGAAUGUUGACAAAAAUCCACACGAGGAUAAGAUCUGACCCCUUCACUGUCAAUUAUGAGCUGGUCGGCAAAGAACUGGGCAGGGGAAAGUUUGCGGUGGUAAAAAAGUGCAUCGAGAAGGCAACGGGGAGGCAGUGCGCUGCCAAGUUCCUGCGAAAGCGACGGAAGGGCCAGGACUGCCGCAUGGACAUCUUGAACGAGAUCGCCGUGCUGGAGUCGGCCAAGGCUAACCCCUACGUGGUGGCGCUGUAUGAGGUCUACGAAACCAACAACGAAAUCAUCCUCGUUCUGGAGUGCGCUGCCGGUGGGGAAAUCUUUGACCAAUGUGUUGCCGAUAACGACGACGCCUUCACGGAGAACGAUGUGAUCCGGCUGGCCAAGCAGAUCCUGAAUGGAGUGGCCUUCCUGCAUCGGAACAAUGUGGUGCAUCUGGAUCUGAAGCCCCAGAAUAUUUUGCUGACCUGUGCCAGACCUCUGGGAGACAUUCGCAUCGUGGACUUUGGCUUGUCCAGAUGCAUGGACAAAAUCACAGAAGUCCGGGAGAUCCUGGGCACACCCGAGUAUGUUGCACCAGAGAUCCUGAACUAUGAACCCAUUAGCACUGCGACAGACAUGUGGAGUAUCGGGGUCCUGACCUAUGUCAUGCUGACGGGCGAGUCUCCUUUUUUGGGCGAAGAAAAGCAUGAGACAUUCCUCAACAUCUCCCAAGUCAACGUCGACUACUCGCAGGACACGUUUGAUGGGAUCUCGUCCCAAUCGGUUGACUUCAUCAAGUCCUUGUUAGUUAAAAACCCAAGGAAGAGAGCCACAGCAGAAGAAUGCCUCACCCACCCCUGGCUGAACUCGCUCCCCCUUCCCCACUCCCACCCGCACAUCAGCACCAGGCCGGCCUCCUCCCUGGACGAGCCGGAGACGUGCCAAUCAGAGUCGGAGCCCGAGAGCCCGAAUCCCUCUCCCGAGCUGGACUUGAUCGGGUCGUACCUCGUGUGCCCGGGUCAGGGUGGGCUCAAGGCGGGCCGCAACGCCUUCUCCUUCAGCGAUCCCCCCUUUCCAACACGGUCUGAGAUAAAGCACGAGCUGAUCUGCUGAGCGUCGUUUUGCAGGUGGAGAGAGACUGAGGGAAUUGAAACUCCGCGGGGCAGACGCUGCAGCUUUUUGGUCCUGAUCUGACUCGAGGCCAUGCUAUAUGGAUGCUGUAUGACUGCUUGUACUGCUGUGAGCUGGGUUGUGUGUGUGUAGUUUAAUACCUCUGCAUGUGUUUGAGUAAUACACGCUUCCCCGUGCUGAUUCAUGAUUGUACGGAAGGAAUGUGAGAGGAAUAAGGAUGCAGGAGCAAGGAGUGGGAGAAGACACGCAAGGAUUUGGUGUCAAGGCUGCACUGCUGCCUUUUUAAAGUGACAGCUUAUCACUGUGGCUAUUUCACCCUGCACGCACACUGGCUUCUCUUUUUACCCAAUUAGCCUUUUGAACUGGGUCUCCAAGGACAGGCAUCUUUGGGAAAUGACUUCACUCACUGUGUGCUCUCAUCAAAACAAGUUAUGCUUCAGCUGACCCAGACGUACCUUCUGUGAUGAGUUUUGUUCAAGGAGGUAAAGGGUUUUGACAGAUUGUUGUACUUAACAAAGGAAUUAAAGGACAGCAUCAACGAUGAAGCCAGACUGUU